AGACCUUUAUGGUGGUAUCCGACCACUGCGGAUUCAAUCACGCUGGGUUUGUGUGGAAAUGGAAAAAAAACGAUUUCCUGUGAAACUGGAACAGGAUUUGUGUUACCAUAAAGGCGUAGCUCCCAAGUUGAACGGACGAAUAUUCUGUAUCCAGACAAACAUUAACAACGAUCUGUUAAGUCAUUAAAUAAUAUUGCGAUUAUGGUGUGUGCCUGAAUUGUCCAAGAAUCCUCUAGAAGGACCGAGUAAUCCGGGAGGAAUAUCAACGGGUGGAUGAGACGACGAAGCCCGGGAGGUGACUGCUGAACGGCACGGUGCUUUCUCGUUAUUACGGAAUUAUACUUCAGCCGAAUCAUAGUGACUGUGUGCAAGAAUUUUUACGCUUAUAAGUCAACUAUAUCGAAGUUUCGAGUCCUAAAUAUGGGUGGCCAUACUCGGCAAAGACAACAUCGGUUUUCCGCUGUUGUAGUUCUCGUUCUUCUAUCUACACAGUGUUGCUCACAGGUAACAGAAACAGUACUCAAAAAGCCGUCGGAAUUGGAAGAUAAUGUAUGCUCUGGAGGGAGGACUUGCGGGGACUGCACUGCCAUUGAUCCCACAUGUGGCUGGUGUGCACAACAGGGUUAUACUGAAGAUACCGGCUACCUAAGAUGUGAUCUUUUUCAGAACUUAAUCAACAAAACAUGCCUCAAUAUUACCUACCCAGUCAGCAGUGUUAGCAUAGAAGAGAACGAAGAGCUAAGAGAUGCAGAUCCAGUUCUAGGCGAUCCCAUCCAAGUUGCACCCCAGAAAAUCAGACUGAAACUACGACCUGGUCAAAGUGUUAAUCUGAGUGUAUCUGUGCGUCAAGCCAGGGAUUAUCCGUUGGACCUCUAUUACGUCAUGGAUUUAAGCAGGUCCAUGACGGAUGAUUUAGAAAACCUUAAGGAGUUAGCCAAGAUACUAGCACGGGAGAUAGGGGAAAUUACGAGAAAUUUUCGACUUGGUUUUGGCUCCUUCGUCGAGAAAGUGUUAUCACCCUUUGUAAAUACAUCCCCUAGUCGCCUUUUGGCACCGUGCCCAGGUUGCGAGCCGCCUUACAGCUUCAGAAACCAUCUUCCCUUGAACGUGAACACAACCUUGUUUUCGAAAAAUGUAAACGAGACCUCAAUCUCUGGAAAUCUGGAUGCUCCCGAGGCCGGACUGGACGCCCUUAUGCAGAUCACAGUAUGCAAAGAAUUUAUAGGUUGGCUGCCCAAAGCAAGACACAUCGUUGUUUUCCUUACGGACGCCGAGUUCCACGUUGCUGGCGACGGAAAGUUACUAGGGAUUGUGAAUCCAAAUGAUGGAGAAUGUCACCUGAAUAGUGAGACAGGCUUUAACGACAGGGCCAACGAUUUUGAUUAUCCGUCCGUUGGACAUUUGAACUUCCGCAUGAGAGAGCAGAAUGUUAUUCCUAUUUUCGCGGUAACACAGGACCAGUAUCGCAUUUACCAGGACCUCGCAAGUUCCAUCGAGGGAUCAACGGUUGGUGUCUUGGCCUCUGACUCGUCUAACGUGGUUGCUUUGAUCAAGGAAAAUUACGCUAAAAUCACCUCAAAGGUUCAAAUCUCCGACAAUGCUCCGGAAAACCUAGCCGUUACCUACACGUCUCGCUGUCUGAACGAGGCACCAAACCCCGGGUCGAAAGUCUGCCUUGGUCUCAAGCUAGGUGAGGUUGUCAGCUUUGACGUCACGGUGGAAGCUACCAGUUGCCAUGACAAUACCGAGCAAAGUUUCAACAUCGGACCGAUUGGUUUUGAAGAAGCUUUAGAGAUCUCAGUAGUAGUGACAUGCAGCUGUGAUUGUGAAGAUCAGUCGAUUCCCAACAGCGACUAUUGUUCCAAUGGAAACGGUACGUUGUCUUGCGGGCAGUGCGUGUGUGACGCAGGGCGUUACGGUAAACUCUGUGAGUGCAGCAGCGGUGAAGACACUGAGGUAUCGUUCAGAGACAAGUAUGAGAACGUGGCAUCGUGUAGAGCGAGCAGUAACUCGUCCAUUGCGUGUUCUGGACGAGGUGAAUGUAUAUGCGGGGAAUGUGCAUGCUUUGAAAGACCGGACAAGAAAGAGGUGAUAUCUGGACGGUUCUGUGAGUGUGAUAACUUCUCAUGUGAGCGGUACAAAGGGCAACUAUGUGGAGGGCCAGACCAAGGCCAGUGUGUAUGCGAUGAAAGGAGCAAACGCAGUGUUUGUAAAUGCAAACCAGGCUUCAGUGGUGACGCAUGCGACUGCUCCAUGUCAACCGCUGGAUGUGUGGCUUCAAACGGGCUGAUGUGUAACGCCAACGGGGUAUGUGAAUGCAACCGCUGCAAAUGCGAUGCAAACUCGCCAUUUAAAGGUUCCACAUGUGAAACAUGCAAGACCUGCAUCGGUAAAUGUUCUUCUUAUCGCCCCUGUGUGGAGUGUAAAAUCUUCGGUAGCGAUGUCAUCUCGCCGGAGGAAUGCGACAAGUGCACGGUGACCGUUGUCAUUGACAGCAAGCUGCCCAAUGCGAAUGUGUCCAAUCUAUGCGUGUUUCCCGGUGGCUUCACCAACUGUUCAACAUCCUACAAUUUUGUUUACGAGACCCUGGGCAACGGUACUGUGUUGGUCCACCUACAAGACCAACCAAGAGAGUGUGAUCCUAACGGUGGCGGGGACGGUAAAACACCCCUUGUGGUAGAGCCUACGUCAGUGGACAUUCUCAUCCUCGUUCUCAGCAUCGUGGGUGCCAUCGUUCUCAUAGGGAUAAUUCUCCUUAUCCUGUUGAGACUCGCUACGCAUCUGCACGACAAGAGAGAGUAUACACGGUUUAAGAAAGAGCAACAAUCGGCAGUCUGGGAUGAGACUCAAAAUCCAAUCUUCAAGCCCUCUACGUCGACUUUUGUCAACCCAGCCUAUGCAAAAUAAUGGAAGACAUCAAGGGAGGUCCCCGCACCGACAGGCUAAUGGAAUACACGUUCUUCCUGCCGCGGAUUUCACCAAACUCUUCCUAACUUAGGAUAAAUAUUAGAACUUAAUAGGACGAGUUAAGUUCCGUAUCCAAAGAC